AUGUCAAAAUCAACAUCAUCGAAAAAAGGACCGUCAUUGCGGGCCAUUACUACUCGAUUGAAAGGACUGCAAGCAUCAUUCGAUAAUAUACACGGCUUCGUUGAACGGUUCCACGAUGACGUCACACCAAGUGAAAUACAAGUUCGAUUGGAACGCCUCGAUACACUAUGGGAACAAAUAAACGACACGAUAAAUGAAAUACUGUCACACGAUGAAUUUUCAAUAGACCCCUCGGCGAUAAUGGAGGAACGGAGUGUAUAUGAAAAUCGAUUCUACGACGAUAAAUCCUACUUAAUGGAUAAGUAUAAAUUGCUAAACGAGGCACCAAUUCUUGAUCAAACCUCAAGAACAAAUGUCUCGUUUGCGCAUGGUUCUGCUCCGCAUGUACGGCUUCCACAAAUUACGCUUCCAAAGUUUAGCGGAAACAUGGAUGAGUGGAUAAGUUUCAGAGACUUAUAUACGUCUUUAAUUCACUGGCAGACGGAGUUGCCUGAUGUUGAAAAGUUACAUUAUUUACGUAGCCAGUUGCAAGGUGAAGCAAUGGCGGUAAUCGAAGCACUACCGAUUACUUCCGCAAACUAUCUAACAGCCUGGGAACUGCUUGUGAAGCGGUAUUCAAACUUCAAGAUUAUAAAACGGAAGCAAAUUCAGGCUAUUUUCGAUCUGCAGUUAUUAAGGAAAGAGUCUGCUUCUGAAUUGCAUUCAUUGUUGGAAGGCUUCGAAAGGAUCUUAAAAACAUUAGAUCAGCUGGUACAACCUUGUGACUAUAAGGACCUGCUGCUUUUACACAUCCUAAGUUCGAAAUUAGAUAGUAAUACUCGCAGGAGUUGGGAAGAAUAUAUUUCAGCGAAGGAAACAGAAUCUCUUAAAGAUCUCAUCGACUUUCUUACGCGUCGUGUUCGAGUGUUGGAGGCAUUACCGACUAGAGGAUUAGAACAACGGUCAGAACCUCCUCAGCCAAUUAAAAGACAGCGGCCCUUCCAACAGCAACAAGCUAGUUAUAGUGCGGUUCAUCAGAAUAGCUUUAAAUGUCCGGCUUGCCCAGAGUCUCACCCUUUGUACAAAUGUGCCGUAUUCGGGCAGUCGUCUGUUUCGGAAAGAGAAGGUUUAUUAAGGACCCAUUCCUUAUGCCGCAAUUGCUUUCACAAGGGACAUCAGGCUAAGGACUGCAAUUCGAGAGUUUCAUGCAAGAAUUGCAAGGCACGACAUCAUACCAUGGUUUGUUUUAAAACGCAGAACAGUAGCAGAAUAAGGCAUGAUGUUGAAUCUACGCAGAACAACACAUUGAUUGACUCAGUAGAAGUUCCCGAAAGGAAACCUAAUUCGGUUGGAGCAUCGGAGCAAAGGGUAGCUCAUACGGCAGCGGUCGAUAAUUCUGAACAUUCUUCGCAUUGCGUUUCGACACCCAAGGUAUUAUUGGCAACGGUGAUGGUAACGGUACAAGACGAAGCGGGAUACCAUACUACUGCAAGGGCAUUGUUAGAUUCGGGAUCUCAAUGCAAUUUCAUUUCUCGUCGGCUUUGUCAACAAUUCAAGCUACAACAAAACAAGGUACAAGUUCCUGUAGUUGGAAUUGGUCAAUCAGAAAUAUUGGCCAAAUACGAAGUACAGUUGACUGUUUCAUCCAGAACAAGGAACUUUUCGCGAUCACUGCCAUUACUAGUGCUCCCGAAAAUUACGGUGAAGCUUCCAAUUUCGGAUAUCGAUGUUGCCGAUUGGAAAAUCCCCAACUACAUAAGGCUUGCAGAUAUAGAAUUUAAUCGAUCAAAUCCAAUUGAUUUGAUAUUAGGCGGAGGCUCAUUUUUCGAAAUAUUCAAUACUGGAAAGCUCAUGGGAUUGGGCGACGGCUUACCAAAUCUGGUUGAUUCCGUCUUCGGCUGGGUAGUGGCCGGAGAAUAUACAAAAAUAUCAUACAACUCUCCUAGGGUUUGUAACAUAGCUGCAACUACACCUUUGGAGGAACUUCUUCCCAGAUUUUGGUCCUGUGAAGAAAUCCAAUGUAGUAAUAAUAUGUCGCCGCAGGAGAUACGAUGUGAAAGACAAUUUACAAGAACAACCCAACGAGAAGUCGAUGGAAGGUAUAUCGUGACCUUACCGAAGAAUGAACAAGUUAUGACGAAACUGGGAGAGUCCAAGGAAAUUGCAUUGAACAGGUUAUUUGCAUUGGAACGGCGCUUGAAUAAUAAUCCGAUACUGAAGGAAAGAUACGACGAGUUUUUGAAGGAAUAUUUAUGUUUGGGACAUAUGAAAAAGGUUGAUAUCAAUGCAGAUUCCCAUCACAAACGCCUUUACUUGCCACAUCAUCCUGUCGUAAAAGAGAAUAGUACCACUACUAAAGUCAGAGUAGUGUUUGACGCAUCCUGUAAGACUACCACUGGUGUCUCCUUAAACGAUUGUUUGAUAGCCGGACCAGUUAUUCAGGACGACCUUCGUUCAAUAAUAUUUCGAAGUCGAACGCGGCAAAUUAUGGUUGUUGCCGAUGUCGAAAAAAUGUUUCGGCAGGUUUUGAUCGCAGCGGAUGAUAGGUGGUUGCAAAACAUACUAUGGCGAUUUGAUUCCAACGAUACUCCAUCGACGUACGAACUGAUUACAGUAACAUACGGAACCAAGUCUGCGCCUUAUUUAGCCACACGUACAUUGCAGCAGCUAGCGCAGGAUGAAGCAUCGGAGUACCCUUUAGCAUCCAAAUCUGUACGAGAAGACGUUUAUAUGGACGAUCUUAUUUCGGGCUCUAAUGAUAUGAAAUCUGCAUUGGAAUUGAAUAAGCAACUAGUUUCCAUGAUGUACAAAGGAGGAUUCCAUCUAAGAAAAUGGGCUUCUAAUUGCCCAGCCGUACUUCAGGGCAUACCAAAGGAAGAUAUGGCAAUACAUGAUUCGGCGGUACAGUUAGACCCUGAUCCAGCUGUAAGGACAUUGGGACUUUCUUGGUUUCCUGGAACGGAUGCACUGAAGCUGCACUUCAAUAUACCAAUCGUGGAAAUCACAGAAAGGCUCACGAAGCGGAAGGUGUUAUCUAUCAUUGCGAUGCUAUUUGAUCCCAUGGGAUUAGUAGGAGCUGCAAUAACAAUGGCCAAGCUGUUUAUGCAACUUCUUUGGACUUUGCCCGGAACGAAUGGUGCCCGGCUAGAUUGGGACGAAUUGCUCCCUUCAGCAAUCGAAUUCGACUGGAGGAGGUAUUACGCUCAACUGCCAGCUCUAGAUAACAUCAGGAUUCCGCGUUGUGUGGUACUGCCUAGAACAAUUGAACAGGAGAUUCAUGUCUUUUGUGACGCCAGUGAAAGGGCAUACGGAGCCUGCCUUUAUUUGAAAACUAUAGAUACAUCUGACCAGAUGAUGGUUUCCUUGAUGGCUUCAAAGUCACGGGUCGCACCUUUGAAGACUCAAUCAUUUCCACGGUUGGAGCUUUGUGGGGGCUUAGUUGCAGCGGAAUUAUUCGAGAAGGUUAAAACGGCGAUAAGAUUCGAAGGGCGAGUGGUUUUCUGGUCCGACUCUACGACAGUCUUGCAGUGGCUGAAAGCUCCUCCUGCCACAUGGACAGCCUUUACACCGGGACGCACCGCAGUUGGUUUUAUGGAAGCCUCUGACCCGCUCGCUACAGUCGAGCCAUUGCAGCCAGCGCUCAUCAGACGUCCCGGUCCUGUGUGCGAGAUCGGUGAUGAGGUCUUCCAACCCGCCACCGCCGGCAAGUAUACAAAACGUUUGGACAAUACCGGCAUUGACUUCUUUCCUGCUUCCAGCCCGCAAUCGGUUCUAUUGUAUUACCAAAACGUCGGCGGUAUGAAUACAUGCCUGACCGAUUACUUACUGGCAUGUUCGGAUGAAUGUUUUGAUAUUAUCGCGUUAACGGAAACUUGGCUGAGUGAUAGUACCCUCUCUACGCAAGCAUUUGGCACCAAUUAUGAAGUUUUCCGUGGCGAUCGUAACCCAUGCAACAGUUCGAAGAGUUUCGGUGGUGGCGUGCUCGUUGCUAUUCACCGCCGCUUGAAAGGACGGCUAAUUAUUAGCGCAUCUGGGAGUUGUGUCGAGCAGGUAUGGGUGCAAAUUAAACUGAGCGACUGUUCGUUGUUUCUCUGUGUGGUUUAUAUUCCACCGAAUCGGACUCGCGAUUUAUCAUUGAUUGACUCGCAUAUUCAGUCAUUAGAAGAUGUCAUUGCUGCCCAUAUGCAUCCGGCAGAUGAAAUACUUAUCGUCGGUGAUUUCAACUUUCCAAGCCUGAAAUGGCUCACAGCUUCCGAUGGUUUUCUGUUUGCAGAUCCAAUGCAUUCCUCGUUUCACGCUGGUAUUAUCAACUUGCUUGAUCGGUACAGUUUUAAUUUACUGCGUCAACAACUCGGACUGUGCACCUAA